UCAAGAUCAGUCUCCUUUCCUUUCUCUUUUCGGGAGCAGAGCUGAAAAAGAUGGGAAAUUCCAAUGAUUCUUCGUUCAUUAUCAUGUCGAUUCCUCACAAUCGCUCUUUGUGAUGCUGCGGAACCAUGGCAAUUAGGAUCUAAAGACGCAGCAACACCUAUGAUGCAAGGAAUCAUUGACUUACAUCACGAUAUCUUUUUCUUCCUCAUUCUUAUUUUGGUUUUCGUAUCACGGAUGUUGGUUCGCGCUUUAUGGCAUUUCAACGAGCAAACUAAUCCAAUCCCACAAAGGAUUGUUCAUGGAAGUACUAUCGAAAUUAUUCGGACCAUAUUUCCAAGUGUCAUUCUUUUGUUCAUUGCUAUACCAUCGUUUGCUCUGUUAUACUCAAUGGACGGGGUAUUAGUAGAUCCAGCCAUUACUAUCAAAGCUAUUGGACAUCAAUGGUAUCGGACUUAUGAGUAUUCGGACUAUAACAGUUCCGAUGAACAGUCACUCACUUUUGACAGUUAUAUGAUUCCAGAAGAUGAUCCAGAAUUGGGUCAAUCACGUUUAUUAGAAGUUGACAAUAGAGUGGUUGUACCAUCCAAAACUCAUCUACGUAUGAUUGUAACACCCGCUGAUGUACCUCAUAGUUGGGUUGUACCUUCCUCAGGUGUCAAAUGUGAUGCUGUACCUGGUCAUUCAAAUCUUACCUCCAUCUCGGUACAACGAGAAGGCGUUUACUAUGGUCAGUGCAGUGAGAUUCGUGGAACUAAUCAUGCCUUUACGCCUAUCGUCUUAGAAGCAGUGACUUUGAAAGAUUAUGCGGAUUGGGUAUCCAAUCAAUUAAUCCUCCAAACCAACUAA